AGGUACGUCCUCUCUAUGAUGCCAUACACCGGAGAUGCUUAGAGCUUCCACUUGAAGAGAACCUUUGCAUUGAUGAACAAAUGGUACCAUUUCGUGGAAAUCUGUCUGUCAAGCAAUACAUCAAAGGCAAGCCACAUCCCUGGGGAGUGAAAAUAUACUUUCUGUGUGGGAAAAGUGGCAUAGCCUAUGAUUUCCUGUUGCACCAAGGAGCUACAAUGGAGAUAUCACAGCAGCAAAGAAAGCAGCUGGGACUUGGAGCUGGAGUGGUGUACCAUCUCAGCCAGCGAAUCACAGAGGCCAAUCACAAGUUGUAUUUUGACAACUAUUUUACAACGUACAAUAUUCUGGAGCUGCUGACUAAGAGGAAAAUUCAUGCUGCUGGGACAGCAAGGGUCUCUCGUUUUGCCAGACCUCCUCUACAGUCUGACAAAGAGAUGGCUAAAAAGCCACGAGGAAGCUAUGAUGAAGUUGUAAGCUGUGAUAGAAAGGUGGGACUGGUCAAAUGGUAUGACAACAGACCAGUUGUCAUGGCUUCCAACUUUGUUGGUGUUGGCAGACAGGAUGAAGUCCGGCGGUGGGACAAAAAGAAGGCCCAGUUUGUGAUGGUUUCCCGUCCAGAGGUUGUCAAGCUGUACAAUGAAGCAAUGGGUGGUGUUGACCUGCUUGAUCAACUCGUCAGUUUGUACCGCACAGAAAUCCGGUCAAAAAAGUGGACUCUGAGAAUGAUCACACAUGCUUUUGACCUUGCUGUUGUCAACAGUUGGUUGGAGUACAGGCUGGACUCCAAGAGGGCCAAUAACCCAACAAAAGACAUCUUGGAUCUCCUUCAUUUCAAGAUGAAUGUGGCCCAAUGUCUGGUGAGAGUUCAAAAAACAGUGGCAUCAAAACGUGGAAGACCCAGUAUGUCUCCGGACCCACAGAAUGCCCCUCACAGACCACCUCACCGGCCAGUUCAGGAUUCAAGGCCUCUACCUGAAGUUCAGUAUGACAUGGUUGACCACAUGCCAAAUUAUGAUGAAAAGAAAGAGGCCACCAGAUGCAAGAUGCCAGACUGUACCGGAAAAACACACGUCUGCUUCAAGGCUGCUCACCGAAAAUGAGUCCAUGGAAACAUCCAGAAGUGUGAUGUCUUCUGCAGGGCACAUUC